AUGGCACCCUCAGAGACCUCAGCAGAUAACUCUGAUGACGACGUUUUAAACUCGUCGCACUCGGAGUCUUCCGAUAUCGAGGACACGGAACAAGUUGGCCGGCCCACGAAAAGAAGACGAGUCUCUAUCUCAUCAGAGGCCUCAUACAACUCAGACAACGGUGUCGCAACUCGACCUGCGAUUGUGCCUUUGCCUAGUCUCUCGCGAAUAAAGAAGAAAGUAGAUGUGGAAGCUCAAACUACAACACCAGCCGACGAGGAACCAGUGACUAUUGCAGACGCACGCGAAAUUGGGCUCCGAGCUUCUGAUUCUACCUUUGAUUCCCUCAAUGUGGCUCCUUGGUUGGUCAAAUCUCUCUCAACCCUUGCAAUUCGACGACCUACCGCUAUCCAAAGGUCAUGUAUACCCGAAAUCUUGAAUGGGCGAGACUGCAUUGGUGGCAGUCGCACAGGUUCCGGAAAGACGGUGGCAUUUGCGGUACCAAUUCUGCAGAAAUGGGCGGAGGAUCCAUUCGGGAUAUUCGCUGUGGUUCUGACCCCUACUCGUGAGCUCGCACUCCAAAUAUUCGAACAAUUCAAAGCAAUCUCAGCCCCGCAGAGUCUUAAGCCGGUACUUAUCACCGGUGGAACUGACAUGCGACCUCAAGCGAUUGCGCUCUCGCAACGGCCGCAUGUCGUUAUCGCAACCCCGGGGCGCUUGGCAGAUCACAUUCGAACUUCGGGAGAAGACACAAUAAUCGGACUGCGUCGCGUCCGCAUGGUAGUCAUGGAUGAAGCAGACAGACUCCUCACUAGCGGUAAUGGCAGCAUGUUGCCAGAUGUUGAAGUAUGUCUGUCUGUGCUGCCGCCAUCGAGUGAAAGACAAUCACUCCUUUUUACUGCCACUGUCACCCCGGAAGUUCGCUCGUUAAAGGAAAUGCCCCGUCCCGAGGGCCGCCCUCCUGUCUUCGUCACCGAAAUUGGCACCGAGACCCAUGCUCCGAUUCCCCCGACUUUGAAACAAACAUAUCUACAAGUCCCUAUGACGCAUCGAGAAGCUUUUCUCCAUGUCCUUCUCUCCACCGAACGCAAUUCCACCAAACCAGUCAUUAUCUUUUGCAAUCGUACGAAAACAGCAGAUCUCCUUGAGCGUAUGCUCCGCCGUCUCUCCCAUCGAGUCACUUCAUUACACAGUCUUCUGCCUCAGUCGGAUCGGACAGCAAAUCUGUCCAGGUUUCGAGCCAGUGCGGCUCGUCUGCUAGUCGCCACUGAUGUCGCGUCUCGUGGUCUCGAUAUUCCCAGCGUCAGCCUUGUUAUAAAUUUUGAUGUCCCUCGGAAUCCAGACGACUACGUUCAUCGUGUCGGUCGUACGGCUCGUGCUGGCCGGGAGGGUCAAUCCAUUACUCUGGUUGGCCAAAGGGAUGUCAACCUCGUUUUGGCCAUCGAGAAAAGAGUAGGCAGACAGAUGGUACAGUGGGAAGAGGAGGGUGUCAACGUUGAAGGAAGAGUGGUGAAGGGAACCACGCUGAAGGAAGUAGGCGAGGCGAAGCGAGAGGCCGCUGGAGAGAUUGAAGAGGGCAGAGACGUGUUAGGUCGUCGUGUGAAUAAGCUUAAAAAGAUACGAUGA